UAAAUUCUUUUUACAAGCCCAAUUAAAUUAAUGCUAAAAGUGGGCUUGAAGUUCCGUUCCUUAUAACCGAGGUAACCGGGUCACCCCCAAAAGAGAUUAGGGUUUCAGAGCUUGUACCUUCUCGCACAGAUCGUCGCCGCCUGCAAGCGUAAGAGGUGAGAAGAGGACAAAGGAAAGACCAAUGGCGAAAUCGAAGAAUCACACUGCACACAACCAGUCAUUCAAGGCGCACAAGAACGGCAUCAAGAAGCCUAAACGGCAUCGCCGUACAUCUACCAAAGGGAUGGAUCCUAAGUUUCUGAGGAACCAGAGGUAUGCAAGGAAGCACAACAACAAGAGCGGUGAGGCUGCCAGUGAGGAAGAGUAGAGAUGCAUUCACUGCACGCAUCAUUGUAAUUCGUUCAAGAAAGUUAUUUUGGGGGUGGAAGUUUGUCUGUGAUUGUGAAACUUUGAUCACCUGGCACCUGCACUGCUUGGUUAUAAUGAGGUCUUGGAUGAACCAUGUGUUGAAACUGAACUACUGAAAGCAUGCAUGCUUGGAGAAGAAUGAGCAUUGAUUUGCAAUUGAGAGAAGGAAGCAUCGUUUAAUUAGGUUAUCAGCAGAUUGGGGAUAUGAAAACCUCAUCAUAUGGAGGAUGUGAAAAAGUACUGAUUUUGAUUUAAAGUAUAUAUUUAGUCUGUAGAAAAUGCACUCCAUAGGCCAAAUUUUGCAGCAGUGUUGUUGUGCCAAAUAUUUCUUCAACCUCUUAUCUAUUUAUUCAUC